AUGUACGAGUAUUUCUGGACGGAUAAUAUAAACGAGAUGGUGCCGAUACCGUGUGUCAUCGAUGAAUGGUCCCUAUUCCUCGGAAGCCUUCUAGUCGUCCAUUAUUCGACAUCAAUGACCAGCUGCAUAUUCUUCAUCUCAAUGGAGCGCCUUUUCGCUUCAUACUACCUCAAUGAUUAUGAGAAGCGCUCGCGACGGCAUAUUUCCGUUCUGAUCAUCGCGAUUUCUGUUGUCGUUUCGUGGAUUGUCUCCAUCAUUUUCACCGCCAAUAUUCUCAAUUUUGUCGCGUUUUACACAAUUUCCGCGUUUGUUAUAUUGAUAUCGGUUUUGAUGUAUUACCUUAUAUGGGUAUAUAAUAAGAAAAUCGCGAAACGAAUGAGCACUAGCUUCCACUAUUCAUUAGCGAAACGGUUUCAAACAAAAGAGAAUCUUCUUGCCUUAAAACUCACUCGUCGGGUCUCAAUGGUCAUCUUUUCAUUCUUAUUCAUAUUUUUUACAAUAUUGCUGAUCACGUAUAACAGUGUGACAACGUUUUAUUGGAAAUAUUUCAUGUAUUCAAUGGAUACGGUAGUCAACAUAUACCCAAUCAUUUUGUGUCCCGUCGUUUUGACGUCGGUCGAUGAUUGGAAGCACGAUGUUCUUCAGGAAUUACCAUUUCUGAAACUGCUUGUCAAAACGAGCAAAGUCGCCGAGAAAAGUGUCGAACUUCAAAUCGAGUCGCAAAAGGUCGCGCAUUUCACACAAUUGAGCAAUGUGUGGAUUUGA